AUGAUCCCGAUCAAACUUCAAGCUGGCAAUUAUUUGUUGUGGAAUAAUCUUUUUCUUCCUGUUCUUCGCAAAUACAAGCUCCUUGGCCUUCUCACUGGUGCUGAUAUGCGGCCAUCGAGGAAAAUUUUUAAUGCUGCUGGUUGCACUGUUGAUAAUCAUGCCUUCGAUCUGUGGUAUGAUAAGGAUCAAUUGCUCAUGAUCUGGAUCAUCUCCACUUUCUCGAUGGAUUUGCUAUCUCAUACAGUCGGCAUUGAGUAUUCUCGUGAUCUCUGGGAGAUGUUGGAAAAAUGUUUUGUUGGAGUCUCUCGUGCAAAUGUUCAUCAUCUUCGUCAGUGUCUUCAAAAUCUUGUCAAGGGGGAUUUGUCUAUGGUUUCCUAUCCUCAACAGAUGAAAGAAAUUGUCGAUGGCUUGGGCGAUGCUGGUCAACCUCUAACUGAUGAUGAUUUGGUGGCUUACAUUCUUGUCGGUCUCUCUGAAGAGUACGAUUCCUUCGUCACUUAUAUUGAAACUCAUUGGGAGAAAGUUUCCUUUGAUGAACUUCUCGGUCGUGAAGCUGCUCUUCUGAAGCGCAAACUUCGAUCCAAUUCAUCUGGACCUACCGAACCGUUUCAUGCUUAUGCCGCCACUCCUCGUUCUUCACAGCACUUUUCUCACUCGCGUGGUUCCUACAACUCUAACUUUUAG